AUGGCCAUUCCAAAACCAGAGAUGGAGAGGUUCAGCUUAUUGUCCCUGAAAGCUGCACUGAUAUUGGUUUUCUUAGUGCAUUUCACAGUAGCUCAUAAUGUCAAGAGGCACGGAGGGGCAGGUGAUGGGGUGCAGCCACUGUCCAAGAUUCAAAUCCACAAAACCAUCGAUGCGACUCACGAAAAUGCAUCCGUCCGCGCAUACCCUGUCCUCCUCGGCACCACAGGGAAAGAAUAUGAAUGGGUAACUGUGAAUGUUGUUAGUCCUAAUCCUUCUUCAGAUGAUUGGUUGGGAGUCUUUUCUCCAGCAAAAUUCAACGCAUCGACCUGUCCAUACACUGAAGACUAUUAUGAGCCAUAUCUAUGCUCAGCUCCUAUAAAGUACAAGUAUGCCAAUUAUUCCAAUGCUAAUUAUAACAAGACAGGCAAAACCAUUUUGAAAUUCCGAUUGAUCAACCAACGGGCAGAUUUUGCAUUUGCAUUGUUCUCCGGUGGCCUGUCAAGCCCAAAAUUGGUGGCAAUUUCUAAUGCUAUAGUUUUUGCAAAUCCGAAGGCACCUCUUUACCCUCGUCUUGCUCUAGCCAAGAACUGGGAUGAAAUGACAGUAACAUGGACAAGCGGCUAUGACAUUAGCGAAGCUGUACCUUUUGUUGAGUGGGGUCUCAAGGGAGAAGCUCAAGUUCGAUCUCCAGCAGGAACAUUGACGUUUCCUCGAGGAAGCAUGUGUGCUGAGCCAGCACGAACAGUUGGUUGGCGCGAUCCUGGUUUCUUCCACACAAGUUUUUUAAAGAAUUUGUGGCCUAACUCAAAGUACACUUACAAGCUUGGUCAUAGGUUAUACAAUGGUUCCUAUAUCUGGAGCAAAUCCUAUGCUUUUACAGCACCACCAUAUCCAGGGCAGAACUCGUUACAGCGCAUUAUUGUGUUUGGUGACAUGGGAAAGGCUGAACGUGAUGGUUCGAAUGAAUACGCUGAUUAUCAGCCAGGCUCACUCAACACCACAGAUUCACUAAUCAAGGACCUAGACAACUUUGACAUAGUUUUCCACAUAGGAGAUAUGCCCUAUGCCAAUGGAUACUUGUCACAGUGGGAUCAGUUCACAUCGCAGGUGGAGCCUAUUGCAUCAGCUGUGCCGUACAUGGUUGCAAGUGGCAACCACGAACGAGAUACACCAAACACCGGCGGCUUCUAUGACACUAAUGAUUCGGGUGGUGAAUGUGGAGUGCCAGCUGAAACUAUGUUUUUUGUUCCUGCUGAUAACAGGGCUAAGUUCUGGUAUCAAGCAGAUUAUGGCAUGUUCCACUUCUGUAUAGCUGACACUGAGCAUGACUGGAGGGAAGGUUCUGAGCAGUACAAAUUUAUUGAGAAAUGCCUAGCAGCAGCUGACAGGAACAAACAGCCUUGGCUGAUAUUCGCGGGUCAUCGUGUUCUUGGCUAUUCCUCUAACUCUUGGUAUGGCGAGGAGGGUUCAUUUGAAGAGCCUAUGGGAAGAGAUGAUAUGCAAAAGCUUUGGCAAAGGUACAAGGUGGACAUUGCAUUUUAUGGCCAUGUCCAUAACUAUGAAAGAAUAUGCCCCAUUUAUCAGAACCAAUGUGUAAAUUCAGAACUAUCCCAUUAUUCAGGAACUGUGAAUGGAACAAUUCAUGUUGUUGUUGGUGGAGGAGGCAGCCACUUAUCAAAGUUCAGUACACUCAAGACAGUUUGGAGCGUUUACCAGGAUCUUGACUUUGGCUAUACAAAACUCACAGCAUUUAACCACUCUUAUCUUCUCUUUGAGUACAUGAAGAGCAGUGAUGGGAAGGUCUACGAUUCCUUCACUAUCUCAAGGGACUACAGGGAUGUGUUGGCCUGUGUUCAUGAUGGCUGUGAACCGACCACUUUGGCUACAUGA